AUGUCUACUGAUAUACACGCAAUUGUCGAUCUCAGCCGCUCGAUCGCCUCGUUGGCGAAACACUUCGAUAAUGGCACUGUUCCAGAGAAAGAAUACCAGGACGAGCUGGUAUGGAUGGCAGAGCAGCUUGCCAUCGCGGCAAGAGGGCCCGAUGAGAACAUGUACUAUCUUGCGGGCCAACUCUCACACAAUGCCGCCAUCCGAAGCAUCGUCUCCAUGGGAGUAUUGGACGUAAUUCCCGAGGACGGAAGCGCAAUCUCUGUCAAUGACGUAGCAGCUCAAUUGAAUGUCAAUACAGAGCUUGUCGGUCGUUUUCUCCGCGCAUGCGCCAGCACGCAUUUCUUCACGUCACCGGCUGUAAACCACUAUGCGCAUAACGCGCUGUCACGAGCCUUUAUGUCCCCAGACAAUCGGGCACUAUUUGCCCAGAUGUAUGAUUUUACCGGCGAGGGAGUUCUGGCAAUCCCGCGGUUUGGUGAAUCCGUCCACUGGAAGACAGCAGGCGAUUACUACAAGGGGCCCUUCCAGCUGGCCUUGGGGACCGAUCUGGGCUACUGGGAGUACCUCGCCGCCCACCCGGGGAGGAUGAGCUCAUUCAACACUGGCAUGCGUCUGGGCAAGAUAGGAUGUCUCACAUCCGCAUUCCCAUUCGGCGUGGCUCUCGCGUGUGACCCCUGCGCGGAGAACGGCGUGGCUAUUGUUGACGUUGGCGGCGGCCGUGGUCAAUCCCUUGAAGCAAUUCGAAAAGACUGGCCAGAGAUAAAGGGCCGGUUCGUGUUGCAGGACUUGCCUGAUGUGAUUCAAGACACAAAGACGAAGGGAAUACCGGCUGGCAUUGAACCCAUGCCAUCGUCCUUCUUCAAUGAGCAACCAGUAAAAGGCGCUCGCAUAUACUAUUUCCGCCGAAUUUUCCACUGCUGGUCGCAAGCAAAAUCGCAGCAGAUCUUGGAAAACACUCGUCAGGCCAUGGAUGAUUACUCGCGUCUGCUCAUCGCCGACAUGGUGCUGCCAGAUACCGACUGCCCGCGGGAUCUUGCGAUGCAAGACUUGAAUAUGAUGAGUUUAGGCGGCACGGAGCGGUCGACGUCAGAAUGGCGACAGCUGCUGGAGUCUGCAGGUCUGGUCCUGCAAAAGAUCUGGCUCAACGAGGAUGGUCCAAAACAUGCGGUUGUUGAAGCGGUCCUGCCGGGAUUCAAGGGACAUUCACUGUGA